UCCCAUUGUCCAAGAAAAACGGCGUAGUGCUGUGAGUCGCUCCCGAUUAGGCGAUCAAUACAAAAAUGAACCGAAAUCAUCAGCCCAACUUUCCGGUCAUUUACGAACUCCUCAAACAACUCUGCCAGAAUCUCGCUGGAGAUCGAUCAAGCGAUGUGUUGAAGGAAGUGACCCGGCUCAUCGCAAACAAACCGAACUCGAUCGCAAACUAUGGUGCCACAUCGGUUGCAGCAAAUGAAUCGAUGAUAGUGGCGCGUAUUAACCGGCUGCUAGCCUCCCGGAGUCAAGCUAGCGUGAACGUAUUUAAUGGCUUUUACGAUGAGCUUGUUUCGAUGACCGAAAGCAAACAAAGAACACCGAUUUUGGAAUUCCUUUUCCAUCUCGCCGAUUCGGACAAAAGUGCCAGUGCCAGUGGACUGCAGGUGGAUUUACGGAACGAUCCAGGGUUCGCAGGUACACUGGACAGUGUGUUUUCGAAAUUGAGCGUAGAUUCUGGCAUCAGCGGAAGCACACGGUUGAUGAAAUCACGGUCCGGUGGUACCGUUUCCGGUUCGACCGGAAGCCUCUGCGAUACGAAAGCGCUGGUAGCGGAUGAUGCACAGCUUCAGAUUGCCGAUCGUAACGAGUUGGAGGAUCUGCUAAUUCAGGACGCGAUUUACGCUUGCACGGGCAUUGAGGGCAAAUACCUUCGUAAGAACUUUGUCACGGGAGAAUUCAAACUGGACCACAUUCACGGUCGAAAUCUGAACGCUUGCGAUGCUGGAAUGUUGCUACGGCUGGCCGAGGUCGGAUACUUCUACAACAAAGUGUCCCGGUUCAUAAACCCCAAGAGCGAUUCAUAUUUGAUGGGCAACUUUGGGCAAGGAUACAUCACAGCGCUACAAAAGGAGCUUACCAACUAUUAUGGGUUGAUUGCGAACCUGCAGGAAAAUCUGGACCGUCAACGCCAAGGAGGCAACGGUGCCGAACGGAUGACACUUAUCCGCACGAUGGUGUGGCUUGUCGAGCCGAUGGAACGCUUGCAGUGGCUGGCCGUAAUCUCCGAAGCUUGCCGAGAGGUAAAGGGAGGCGCACUCGCUUCCGCUAUUCACAAAUUUAUCUGGCACGGAGAUCCGAUGGUACGCACAAUCUCACGCGAACUGAUGCAAUCGGCCUGCAUACCGUUGCAGCAGAUGCUUACGCAAUGGCUAACGGAUGGUAAGAUUGUUGAUCCACAUUGUGAAUUCUUCAUCGAGGAACUGACGGACGUCGGGUACAAUCGGUUGUGGCACGAUGAGUUCCGGCUGCGCUCCUCCAUGGUACCGUCAUUUAUCUCGGACACACUGGCAAAGCAGAUACUGGUCAUAGGGAAGAGUAUUAAUUUUUUGCGCGAAAUAUGUAACGAUCGUGCCCCCGUACCGGAGCGCACCGAUUUGAAGAAAUGUCUCAACGAACAUUUGGACUACCUGUACAGCGCGCACAACAAUACGGAGCUGCACGUGCUGAUCGACAGUGUGUACCUGAAAACUUCGAAACGCGUGCUAGACAUCGUGCUCGGUCCACAUCAGCUGUUCGAUCAUCUGAAAGCGAUGCGUGACUAUCUGCUUCUGGGGCAGGGUCACUUUGCGGAUGUAUUGAUGGAAAAUUUAAAAGAGGAGUUGGAUCGUCCGGCAAAGGACAUUUAUCAGCAGGAGCUAUUUUCUAUUGUUGCUGCCGCGGUGCGGAAAUCGGCGGCUGAGCAGGAAGAACCCAGUGUGCUGAACUAUCUCGAUGUGCACUUCCUUAGCCCUUGUGAGGGUGACACCGGAUGGGAUGUAUUCUGCUUAACGUACAAAGUUACCGGACCGUUGGUAACCAUCUUCCAGCCAGUUCAGUGCACCUAUCGAGCACUGUUCAAGCAGCUGUGGAACAUGAAGCGAUUCGAAUUCAUCCUGUACGGCAUCUGGCGCAAUCAUAUGCUAAGCACGAGAUGCUACAAACCGAUAGCGAACGAUAUUGGGGUGAUCAAGCAACACCUCCAGACGUACUGCUCGAAGAUGAUCAACAUCAUUACGCAGAUGCAGUACUACAUCCUGUUCGAGGUAAUUGAGUGUUCCUGGGAACAGUUUAGUGCACGCGUAAAGCAAGCGAAAGCGCUGGACGAUGUGUUGGAAGCUCACGAUAAGUUCCUGGAGCGUAUUCGUACCGGCAUCUUCUUGGAUCAGUCGACACAUUUGUUUAGCAGCUGUCUGGAGCAGAUAUUUAGCUCCGUCCGAAAGCUCGAUGAAUGGCAAAUGAAUUUCUACAAGUUGUGCAAUCGCGAAAUGGACGCACGGAAAGCGUUCGACGAGUACAUCAAAUCGAGCGAAGUGAAGGGAACGUAUGGCAUAAAUGCGGAACGGGCGCUUGAGCGUGACGAAGAGCUGCAGGAGUUUGAAAGCAAGCUGAUGCAGUGUCAGAAAGCGCUCAGUGUUAUUGGGGUAGAGUACGAAAACUCGGUUGGCCAUUUCCUGUAUCAGCUAGCCAUAUCGCCGAUGGAAUCGUUACCGCAGCUUUGCAUGCGAUUGGAUUAUAACGAGUAUUACAAGCAUCGGGAUGAACGGUUAAGUGUACCGCUUACGUUUCAACAUAUGCGCAAAAGCAUGGCCAAUAAUUUUGGCCGUAAAUGAUCGUGCGAGGAG